CGCUCGGAGCCCCGGCGCCCCCUGCCCCUUCCUUUCCCCUCCUCGCCGCCGGGAUGCGCCCGGAGGCGGCGCCGCAGGCGGGCGGCCUGGAGCGGUUCGCCAGCCCCGGCAAGGGCCGGGGGCUGCGGGCGCGGCGGCGCUUCGCCGUGGGGGAGCUGCUGUUCAGCUGCCCGGCCUACGCCGCCGUGCUGACCGUCAGCGAGCGCGGCGGCCACUGCGACGGCUGCUUCGCCAGGAAAGAAGGAUUGUCCAAGUGUGGAAGAUGUAAACAGGCCUUUUACUGCAAUGUGGAAUGCCAGAAGGAAGACUGGCCAAUGCACAAGCUCGAGUGUGCUUCCAUGUGCACUUUUGGGCAGAACUGGAAUCCCUCAGAGACCGUGAGACUAACGGCGAGGAUCCUUGCCAAACAGAAAACUCACCCUGAAAGAACACACUCAGAGAAGCUGCUUGCUGUAAAAGAGUUUGAAUCACACAUUGACAAACUAGACAAUGAAAAGAGAGAGCUGAUUCAGAACGACAUUGCUGCUCUUCAUCACUUUUACUCAAAGCACUUGGAGUACCCUGACAAUGCUGCCCUUGUAGUUCUCUUUGCACAAGUUAACUGUAAUGGCUUCACAAUUGAAGAUGAAGAACUCUCUCAUUUGGGAUCAGCCAUAUUUCCUGAUGUUGCAUUGAUGAACCAUAGCUGUUGCCCAAAUGUGAUUGUGACUUACAAGGGAACCUUGGCUGAAGUCAGAGCUGUUAAAGAGAUUGAGCCUGGAGAGGAGAUUUUUAGCAGCUAUAUUGACCUGCUAUAUCCCACAGAAGACAGAAAUGACCGGCUAAGAGACUCAUAUUUCUUUAAUUGUGAUUGCAGGGAGUGCAUUACGAAAGAAAAGGAUAAAGAGAAACUGGAAAUCUGCAAGCUGAAUGAUCCUCCAUCGGCAGAGACGGUACAAGACAUGAUCAAAUAUGCCAGGAACGUGAUUGAGGAAUUCAGGCGAGCCAAACACUACAAAUCCCCUGGUGAAUUACUGGAGAUCUGUGAGCUCAGCCUGGACAAGAUGAGUGCAGUGUUUGAAGACAGUAAUGUUUAUAUGUUACAUAUGAUGUACCAGGCCAUGGGUGUCUGUCUCUACGUGCAGGACUGGGAAGGUGCACUGCGUUAUGGGCAAAAAAUUAUCAGACCAUACAGUAAACAUUACCCCUCCUACUCGCUGAACGUUGCCUCCAUGUGGCUGAAAUUAGGGAGACUGUAUAUGGCGUUGAAUAACAGAACGGCUGGAGUUAAAGCCCUGAAGAGGGCAAUUGCUAUCAUGGAAGUAGCACAUGGGAAAGAUCAUCCAUACAUUUCAGAGAUCAAAAAGGAAUUAGAGGACCACUGAGCCUUUGAAUCUAUGCAAUCCUUCAAACCUUUAUUUAAAAAGCCUUGUUAUGGAAACCUUCAGGAGUGCUUUGAAAAGCGGUAGAGUGAACACAGUUCUGUCCUAUAAUUGGAAUGACAAACACACUUAGGCCUAGCUUCCUAGCUUCCACCCAUCUACAAUUGCCUUUUUUUUCUUUUAAGGAAGCAUCCAUGGUUUCUUGAAGGUUAUGCCUUCUGACAGUUCAUGUGCAAAAGUGGCCAUUUUUUUCUUUAGGGAUUUCAAUGUGGAUCUUAUGUGUGUAAAGUCAAUAAAGUGGUCUUGACCCCUCUUGAUUCCACUUAUACACUUAAAUGGGUGCAACAGUUUUAUGACAUCUACUUUUACCUAAAUAGUUUUGUUUAAUCUGACAAAUUAGCAAAAGCUGUACUUUUUUCUGUUGUGGUUUGGUAUCCAUUUCCUUUUUUCAUGAAUCAUUUUUGUUUGCAGUGGCUUAGCUGAGAGAAAGGGGAAGUGGGUGAUGAAUUCUGCGCAUUUUACAGGAAAGCCACCACUGUUCCCUCAGCCAGUUAUUCUGCAGAUGGGGAUUCAUCACAGUAAGGACCUAGAGCUCAGCACAUCUUGUACAGAGAAUGCUGGCACCUAUCUCGGAGCUCAAAGGCUUGCACAAGACAUGAACUAUGCAAUUUCUGGCUUUUUAGUCCCCUUUACAAGUUGAAGUGAAUUUAUUGCUCAUAUUUCCUUACAGCCAUACCUUCACCUUCAGUGUAUUACAACUAUUCUGUUAAUAUGUUAGCAAUUACUUUUAAAAGAGGAGCAAGAACGUUUUCUGAGGAAAAAGUCCAGGACUUAGCUUUCUCUACCCAUAUAAAACAAGAGGGUGUUGGGUUUUUUUCCUCUGUUUAGAUCAGUUGUAGGAGAUUGCUUUUAAGGAUGGAGGGAAAAAAAAAAAGAGCGUGGCUGUGCACUUGCAGCACCAACAUUUAAAUAUGGUGCCCAGUAAAAGUACCUGCCCAUUCCUUGCUGCUUUCACGGCUUAUAAAGUAUGAUGAGAAAGAGAACACAUCACCCUUGAGAACUUUACUGUAUUUUCUUUCUUGUAAUCACUGCUCUGAAAAUAAAACUGCUAGAACAA